CCCGACAGUCCCCGCAGCAGCUGCCACUGUCCACAGGAGCCGGCCGCCCCGCCCAUCCAGCCCCCCUCCCCACCGGCCGCACCACCACCCCCCGGCCUGGCCCCGUGCCCCGGUGCCCACUUCUCCUGACCCCUCGGCCGCCACCUCAGAAGGCUGGAGCAGGGACGCCGCCACUCCGGCCGCCUGCUCCCCUUGGGUCCCCACGAGAGCCCACGCCGGCCCCCGCGCCCACCCGCGGCCCUGCCCCUGGACACCGGAUAGGGCCCCGCACGCCGCGCCCGGCUGGACAGCAUGGACCGACGCCCGCACCCCCCGCUGCUGACCCUGUUGCUGGCCCUCUACAGCCUCGGCCACACAGGUCUUGGCGAAACAGUCCAUUGUGACCUUCAUCCCGUGGACCCUGCGGAGAGCGAGGUGACGUAUGUCACGAGCCAAGUGACCGAAGGCUGCGUGGCCCGGGUCUCCAAUGCUUCUCUGGAAAUGCACGUCUUCUUCCUGGACUUCUCAGCGGAGGUGUCUAAGCUGGAGUUGACUGUCCAGUCAUCAGAACUAGAAGGCCCCGGGUCCCCAGAAGUGCACCUGGUGCUCAGCGUGACCAAGUCCGUCUUCCUGCAUCUGCACAGCCCCCCCGGGAUCCCGCUCCACCUGUUUGCGGACCCCCUGGUCAUCUUGCCAGACCCCUCAGGAAUCAGCCGCACACUGCUGCCAUCCUUCUCCACCCUGAAGGAGCUGGUCACCUGGGCUGCUGCGAAGGGCCCUGUGGCCUCGGCGGCCCAGCUGAACAAUCCUCAGAGAAUCCUCCUGCGGCUGGACCAAGCCCCGGGAUCACCGCCGCCCUGUAAUCCGGAGCCCCACGUGGACAUGGGCCGCACGCUCGAGUGGCAGCCUCGCUCCGGGGUUCCCGUGCAGAGCUGCCGGUUGGAAGGGGUGGCCGGCCACAAGGAGGCGCACAUCCUGAGGGUCCUGCCCGCGCUGGAGGCCAGGCCCCAGACAGUGACCGUGAAGGUGGAACUGAGCUGCCCUUCGGGGGACCCCGAUGCCGUGCUCAUCCUUCAGGGCCCGCCCUACGUGUCCUGGCUCAUCGACUCCAACCACAACAUGCAAAUAUGGACCACUGGCAAAUACUCCAUCAAGAUCUUCCCCGACAAGACCAUCCCUGGCUUCGUGCUCCCGGACACGACCCAGGGCCUGCUUAGGGAGGCCCAGAAGCUCAACGCCAGCACCGUUGCCACCUUCGCUGAGCUGCCUCUGGCCAGUGAGGUGUCUCUCCUUGCCCGCAGCUGCGGCGGCGGGCUGCAGACCACCCUUGCUCCGGUUCAGACCACCCCCUCCAGGGAGAUGUGUGACCAGACGUUGCUGCUGUCACUGGUCCAGCCCACGUGUGCUGAGGACACCAUGACCCUCGUGCUCAAGAAGGAGCUCACGGAGAAGCUGGGCUGUGCCAUCACCGGGAUGAGUUUCAGGGAUGCCGGCUGCCAGGCCGAGGACAGAGGUGACCACUUCAUCCUGCACAGCACCUACUCUGACUGCGGCAUGGAAGUGACGGAAAACGUGGCCAGAAACGAGGUGGUCAUCAGUCUCUUGGCAAGCUCAUCGCCGCAGCGGAAAACAGUGCACUGUGUCAACUUGGGAAGCCUCUCCUUCCAGCUGGGCCUCUACCUCAGCCCCCACUUCCUCCAGGCCUCCAACACCAUCGAGCUGGGCCAGCAGGGUUUCGUACAGGUCAGCAUGUCUCCGUCCAUCCCCGAGCUCACCCCGCAGCUCGACAGCUGCCAGCUGGACUUGGGGUCUGAGGGAGACAAGGUGGACCUCAUCCAGAACCAGGCUGCCAAGGGCAGCUGCGUCAACCUGCUGUCCCCCAGCCCUGAGGGCGACAAGCGCUUCAGCUUCCUCCUCCGCGGAUACAUGGUGCACACGCCCACGGUGGGCACCCUCACCUGCUCCAUCACCCUCCGCCCCAGGACUUGGACCGUGGACGUGCUAAGGACUGCCUCCAUCCGUCUGAACAUCGUCGGGCCGGGCCUGCCUGGCAAGACCCUCGUCCUGCCCGCCGUGCUGGGCAUCACCUUCGGCGCCUUCCUCAUCGGGGCCCUGCUCACCGCCGCGCUCUGGUACAUCUACUCGCACACGCGUGCCCCCGGCAAGCGGGAGCCCGUGGUGGCGGUGGCUGCCCCGGCCUCGUCGGAGAGCGGCAGCACCAACCCCAGCAUCGGGAGUACCCAGAGCACCCCCUGCUCCACCAGCAGCAUGGCCUAGCGCCCACCCGGACACCGGGCCCCGGGACGGACCCUGCCCUCCCUCCCCGCCUGUCAGUCAGCGGCGGCACCGGCUCGGAACAUCACGGGGGCCCGUUACCCCGCCCCGGCGAAUCUGCAGACCCAGCGUGCCAGGGCUAAGGCUGCCGGGGCCACGGAGAGAGACAGCACUGCCCUCCAGGACCAAGUCUCUGCCAUUCGAACCCAGACCCAGCCCUGAGAUCGGGCCGGGCGGGAGGGGAGAACAGACUACCCAGGGCCCCCGGGGCCCAGCACUGCCCCCGGGCAGCAGGAGAGCAUCACGCAGGGCAGCAGGAGCUGGUGUCCGAGGUGUCAUCGUUGUCGGCCCUGGCUGGGCCCGGCAGGAAGCACAGGCCUGAGGGCAGAGGGGCGGGGCUCCUUCCUGCGAACACCACCCGGAGCCCCUCGCCCCCUAGCCUGGGUCCACCCCCAUAUACUCUCCACCAAUAAAUCAGACUCUGA